AUGGCGCGGCCGGCCGUGUGUUCUCUCACCCUUCUGUUCGCGGCAUCGUCCGCGGCGAUCUCAGUGUCGCCCUCGCGUGCGAUCGCAGUGUCGGGCGCGGCCCGGUGCUCGGCGGUCGCGGCACUGGGAUGGCAGGAGGCGGCGCUGCGCUUGCGGAAGGCGGCCACGCCGGCGGAGGCUGAGGCGGAGGCCAUCCGCCUGGGCCGGGAGCUCACGAGGUGGGAGAGGGCGCAGGCGGCGGUGUCGGGGGCUGAGAAGGCCAAGCUCGUGCCAGGAGGGGUGGACGUCUCGCACGCGGCCGCGGCAGUGUCGGAGGCCGCCGCCAGAGCGAGGUGGUUGGCAAGCGUCGACUCCGCGCCGACGGUCAGGGCGUCCGCGCCGCCAGCAGCAGCCCUCCCGUCCCCAGCAGCAGCCUCCCCGGCGCCCGCAGCAGCCGUCGCAGCAGCACCUCCCCCAGCAGUCACAGCAACACCAUCGCCGGUCGCCGCAACAGCAGAGGCUCCAGCGGCGGCGGCCAAGGCGGCCUGGCUCGCAAAGCUCGAUGCCCCGGCUUGGGGCGCAAAGGCCGAGGCAGCGCCGGCCGCCGCGGAACCGGCGGCAGAGGCGGCGUCGGAAGCGGCGGCCAAGGCGGCGUGGCUCGCAAAGCUCGACGCCCCGAUUUGUGGCGCAAAGGCCGAGGCAGCGCCGGCCGCCGCGGAACCGGCGGCAGAGGCGGCGUCGGAAGCGGCGGCCAAGGCGGCGUGGCUCGCAAAGCUCGACGUUCCCGACUGGGGCGCGAGGGCGGCGGUCGCGUCGGCGGCCGCGGCUGCAGCGGUGACGCGGGCGGCGGGGGCGGCGCCGGCGGCGGUGACGGAGGCUGUGGCCAAGGCCAAGUGGCUGGCCAGCCUCGACCCCCCUCCUUGGGGCGCUCCGUCUUCGCCGCCGCUUGCGCCUCCUCCCCCGCCGCCUUCGCCGCCUUCGCCGCCUGCAGCGGCGGCACCGACAGAGACGGCGGCGGCGGUACCGCGCGCAGCGGCGGCCGAGCCUGACGCGCCCGUCCAGGGCGCAGAGAAUGGCGCGGCGGCCUGGGCGGCUCCGGCGGCUCGGGCGGCCGCGCCCGGCGUGCUGCCGGCACCCAUGCCGCUCCAGGCGGCUCGGGUGGCCGCGCGAGGAGUGAUUCCGGCCCAGGCGGCUUCGGUCGCUUCGGAGGCGCAGUUGCCGCCGCCCGUGGUACUGGCAGCGCCACCGCCUCCGUCUGCCAUCUCGGAGGUGGCAUCUUCGGAGGCGGCGGCCAAGGCGGCCUGGCUCGAAAAGCUCGACGCCCCGGCUCGGGGCGCAAAGGCCGAGGCAGCGCCGGCCGCCGCGGAGCCGGCGGCCAAGGCGGCGUCGGAAGCGGCGGCAGAGGCGGCGUCGGAAGCGGCGGCAGAGGCGGCGUCGGAAGCGGCGGCCAAGGCGUCGUCGGAAGCGGCGGCCAAGGCGGCGUGGCUCGCAAAGCUGGCCCCUGCGGGGGGCGCGAGGGCGGCGCAAGGGGCGGCGCAAGGGGCGGCGCAAGAAGUGGCGCAAGGAGCGGCGCCGGCGGAGGCAGCGGCCGAGGUGUUGGCCGAUCCGGCGGCGGUGCUUCCGACAGCAGUGCCCCCGACCGCGGUGCUCCCGGCCGCGCUGCCGCUCCCGGCGCCGGCGCCGCCGCCGGCAGCGCAGGCCGCCAAGGCCUACCGGCCACCCCUCUCCGUGCUCGCUACGCCCUCCUGCCUGAGGACCGCUGCCGCGGCUCCGGCCGCACCGGCGACAUCGACAGCGGCGGCGACUUCGAAGCCGCAGGCGCCGGCGUCGGCUGCAGAGGCGCCGCCGACGCCGCCCGUCAGUGCGCGGACGGCCUCGGUCGCAGAGGCGGCGAGCACGCUGUACAAGGAGGCGCUCGACCGCUCCGAGGCGGAGGCGCGGCGGGCAAAGUACUUCAAGUACUCGCCCUCUUGGGGAGGAGGAGUAGGCGGCGGUGAAGGGGGGGGUGGCGGGUCGUCCGCGGCGCCGCCGGUGCGGACGGCGCGGACGGCGCAGGCGCCGGCGACGUCGGGGCCGACGACCGUUCCCGAGGUGCCGGAGGCCCCAGCUCCGGUCGCGCCGGCGGCCGAGGCGGCCGAGGCGGCGGCAGCGGGGGCGGCGGCGGCGCCCGCCGCUUCCCACAAGGACGUGCCGCCACUCGAUGCGAGGGCGGGGCGGCGGCCGGACGGCUUGGGCGGGCUUGCGGGGCGGGUGCAGCCGGGUCGCAGCGGGAUGCGGCAGCCGCCGAUGCGGCAGCCGCCGAUGCCACGCGCCAGUUGGAGCGACGGGACGGCGUGGUCCGCGGACGGGCCGAGGGCGGAGGCACGCGCCGGCGGCGGCCGCUACGGCGCUGCCCGCGUCGGCAGCCGUGGCGGCGGCGGCGGCGGCGUCGCGCCCACGCCGUCGGCGGCGACGGAGGAGGCCAAGGCGGCGUGGCGGGCGGAGGUGGAGCGGCAGCAGCGCCGCGACGCCCUCUCCCGCGCACGGCCGGAGGCGGCGCAGGAGCCGCCGCCGCGGCUUGGGCCGUCGGGUGCCGAGCCGCAGGCUGGGCGGCCGCGGGUCGCUCCGCCGCCCAGGCGCCCCGAGCCGCGCCGCACGGCCGCCCGCCCAGCGUCCCCGCCGCAGGCCGAGACGGAGGCGAAGCGGAGCCAGUACUACAAGCACUACACCGCGUACAAGGACUACGAGGACUACUAG